UAUUACUACACAGUGUUUUCUUAUUACUGCUUACCCUUCUGGCAAUCUAGCUAUCUAUUUAUCCUUUGUGUUGAGCUUGUAUUAAGUAAAUCGUGGUCCACAUCUGGUGUUCGUCAAAUAACGAUUUUGAAGGACUCUAGAAUGUAUAUUGUCAGAGGAAAUAUUCGAUGGUGUAAGUCACUGAAACAAGUUGCAUGUGCUGUAAGCAAAACCCCAUUGUACAAAGAAAUUUCCUUGUCAUCAAGGCAUGCAGAUUCAACUGAGAGUGAGGAACCUUUCUUUGGUUUAUUGUCAUCUGAUCCCAAGUCAAAGUUAUAUGAAAAAAAGAAAAUAAAUGAUGCAUCUCUUACUAGAAGUCCACCUCUUACCCGUAAGGGCCAAGGACAAUUCAAACAAGCAGAAGCAGUACCAGAUUCAACAUCAGAGUUUAACCAAGGGGGAAGGUUUCCAAAGUAUUCUUCAAGGAAUGCUCGGGUGAAAACUUCAACGCCUGAAGGUAAUGAACCUGUGUUUACUCCAGGUUCAGACCACCACGAAAAUUUCAAACUUACAGAUUCACUUGAAAAGUGGCAUGGCUUCAAGAGCUCAGAAAAUGAAAAGGUACAGAGAUUGUCUCAAAAUAUAGUUGAAGAUGAUGAUGAAGAUGAGUUUCACUAUUACUUGCAUAAGCCACAAACCAAGAAAAAGACUUUUAAUGAUAGGAAGAAAGGACUAGGCCUGCAUCAUCAGAGCACAGAAACAGAAACAGUGUCUUUCACCCAAGAUUUGGCGGAUGAACCAUUUGGUACACUUACCCCACGAAAAGACCUCUAUGAAGAUGAAUCAGGUGAUGAAGGAGAUGAAAUGCAGAGGAAGUAUGAAGAAGCCCAGCUUGAAAGGAGACAUAGUCCUGUUUACUAUGGAAACCAGAUGAAGAAACUUUGUAAGGAAAAAAGGCUUGCAGAUGCUCUUAAGAUAUUGAAAGAAGAGAUGCCUGCUGUUAAUGCUAAGCAGAUGUUUACUGCUAUCAAGUACUGAUAAUGCUUGUGGAAGAGCAGGU